CUUUAUGAGUCCCAUAGAUGGCCGCGGGUUACUUGUUUUUCCUGCGACUUACUGCUCACCCAUGAGUAAACCUAUUCCCAGAUAACGCCAGUCCGCAGAUGCUCGCUCUACUUUGGAAUUAGCAUGUUUGUCCGUGAGCCCUUUGCAUAAGUGCAAACAUGAUUCGCUGUUCAACUAAAGACACCUGGUGCACCACGUCUUUAAUCACUCAGAGGUGGUUGUUGCUCAUCACCGGUGGGUCAGAAGAUGAAUAGUUCCCGUUCAGAGGUCUGUUGUGCCUUUGAGUCACCCAUCCUGGACCGGGUUCUGCCUCCAGUUCUGAUUCUGGAGUUCAUGUUUGGAUUAAUGGGGAAUUUCUUGGCUCUGGGGAUGUUCAUCUUCUACAUGGACACGUGGAAGCCCAACUCCGUGUACCUCACUCAUCUAGCGGUUGCGGACUCCAUCGUACUAUUCUGCCUUCCCUUUAGAGCGGACUACUACCGGCGUGGGAAGAACUGGAUCUACGGUGACAUCCCGUGCCGCAUCCUGCUCUUCCUGCUGGCCGCCAACCGUGCGGCGGGGAUCUUCUUCCUCACGGCCGUGGCCGUUGACCGAUACUUUAAGAUCGUCCACCCGCGAAACCCAAUAAACCGCCUGGGCUUGGGCUACGCUUUGUGGGUUUCCCUCGGCCUGUGGGGGUUGAUUUUUCUGGCAACCGGGUAUCUUUUGGCCAACGAGCACUUUUUCUACAACAGCAACCGCACACAGUGUGAGAGUUUCAACAUCUGCAUGGGCUUCACGCCUCUCUCCACCUGGCACAAUGCCUUCUACGUCAUCCAGUUUUUCCUGCCGACCGCCAUCGUGGCGUUCUGCACCAUCAGAAUCACCUGGCAGCUGAGAAACAGGACUUUGGACAAACUGGGGAAGAUCAAGCGCGCCGUUCAGUUCGUCGCGGCCGUGGCUCUCAUCUUCAUCACAUGCUUCUUCCCCAGCACCAUAUCUCGCAUCGCCGUGUGGGUCCUAAAGGUGUGGUAUGACGAAUGCGGACACUUCGAAAAGGCCAACCUGGCGUUCUACACGUCCGUGUGUUUCACCUACUUCAACAGCGUCCUCAACCCCGUCGUGUACUACUUCUCCAGUCCGGCGUUCAGCGGCUCCUUCAGAAAGGUGCUAAACAAACUGCUGGGAAGAAGCGACGACAAGGAGCCGACGCAGUCGUCCGACAACAUUUCCACCGUUUAUGGUGACGGCAUCUAAAAUCACUUGAUGGGUGAAAACGUGUUUUACAAGUUUAUAGCUGUAAUAAACUAGAAAAGAUUAACAAAGUAGCGCACUUCAUAUCCGACUUGUGGUCUUAAGCGGACCCCGCGCGAGCUUUCUUGCCUACGCGCGGUCCUGACCCCUCGUGCGGUUUUGAGCUUUUUUUCUUCUUGUGGUUUCAGGAACUAAUAGGACAGCCGUGGAGCUGGGACUGCGGAAGUUUAAGUAAUCGAUAAGCAGCGUUAAUAUCAAAUGGAAAUAUGAAGCAGUUCAUAGAGCGUUUUACAAUAAGAUCCGAAGUAACUGCUGGUUCCGUUUGGUGAAAGUAAUUGACUCCAUUCAGCAUGAGUGGAGCUCAAGUGAGACGUGCUCGAUAAAUUACAACUGACCUCAUUAGAAGUGUAACUUUUCUUUUGCGUGAAUCAUGGAUAAAUUAAGAAUCAAUUAUCUCCAACCUCCGUAAUUUAAAACUCAGUCACUAUAGCUGAAAAAUGAGAGCUUCAUGUUGACAAUUCUUUCUGCCUUGCUUUUAGGUUAAGUGCUUUAUUAGUGUGUAUGUGUGUGUAUAUCAAUAUGGCUCAUUGCCCUGUGAUACAUCCCUUUUGAAAGUGGUAUGAGGGAGUAAACUGACAUUUGUGCUAAAAAUGAUUGUUUUUCUUUCAUCUUGUAAGUUUUAUAAGAAAACAUUGAGAUUCAUUAUGGCUGCUGGGUUAGGGUUAAUAAAGUAAUUGUUGACAAGUUGUUUUUUUUCACUUUCUCCCUCUUUUCAGUUCCAAAAAUAAACGGCACUCAUUUUUACACUGCUUUAAAUUUUACCAUUUAUUUCACUAAGCCUACAUUUCUUAAUUUUUAAAGAAAUGGAUCCAUAGUUUUAUAUUUUGAAGUGUGAAUUGUUCCCCUGCCUGCUGUACCCAAUCCUUAUUUUAAAUGUGAGAAGGAAAUAAAGGUUUCACUUUUCCAUCUUAAUUUUUAAUAGUGCUGAAAUACAGAAGCUCAGAGAAGUAGUGAAUCGUUGUAUUCAUUGUAAUUAAUAUUUUCUAUUAUUAUAGUU